AUGAAAAUCGAGGGCGAUCGAAGACCGCUUGCGAUUGCAGUGAAUGGACUGGGAUGCAUGGUGAAGGUAUGCGGUGGCAACGAGAUGAACGAGCUUAGACGAUGUCCGGAUGCCGAUGGUUCAUGUGGAAAUUACCACAGUGAGCGGUCGAAUGGAGAGGUUGUGGACGGUGUAGACAUUCGCUGUCCGAACAAUGCACCAGUUUACGCACCGAUUGACGGUGAGAUGUACUUCUGGAGACCAUUUGGCGGUGCUACCAAUAAGGCUUGUGCUGACAGCGGAGUUCGAAUCGAAGGCACUGGGCAGUGGCAGGGGUAUGCUGUUCACAUUUCCUCUAUCACACUCGACUUUUUCGGUGGUAAGGUGAAAGCUGGCGAAGAACUCGGAAAAGCUAUUGAUAGAAAAUGUUACGAGAAUGGUGCUCGGAGGAAAGUAGAGCCUCAUGUCGAAAUGAAACUCUAUCGCGAAGGAAAGCUCAUCGACCCAACGUAUCAUCUUCAGAAUUGUAUGUGCACCGGGCAGAUAUGUGAGUCAAACUUAAGGAAUAAACUUAUUGGAGAGCCGUUCAAGUCUGAUAAGAGGUACAAUGGAGUUCGCGGGUGGGAUAUAGAAUGUCGAAUGAUGGAAGAUGAAGACGGAGGAGAGAAAAGGGUACCGUUAAUCUUCUCCCCAAUCGCUGGAGAACUUGUAGGACGCUUCCCUAGAACUCGUCUCGUCCUCGAUCAAAACGGUGCCUACUCUGGAUGUGAUAACGAUGGAAUGUUCAUCGUUGGCACUGGUGACUGGAUAGGUGUGUUUCAAUUGCCGAAAAUAUAG